UUUUUUAAAUAUCUACUUUAGAUAACAAAAACAAAGUUGUAAUAAUACAUCAACGAAUUUAUUAUAACUAUGAUAAAUUAUUGUAAUUGUAAUAAUUGUUAUUAUAAAGAAAACCCAAUAUAAAGGGAGAGCAUUUCUUUUUCUCCAACUCUUCAAUUUGCUUCUCUCUUUGAUCUUUUCAAGGUUUUGAUGUUUCAUAAUAUGUUCUACUGACUCUUCAUCAUCACAAAAAUCACUGCUUCCUGUCUUAUUAUGUUCUAAAUAUUGUAUCUGAGUGUUGAUAUUAUUGAUCUUUUCUCAUCAUCAAAUUUUAAUUUUAAUCAGUUUAACCUGAAUGAAUUUAUUAUUUAAUGGUGGUUAGGGUUUGUGGAGCAUUAGCUUUACUAACUGGAAUGGCUCCAGUCCCUUUACCCGCCUCUCCAUCGUAUCCCUUAACCCAGUGAACCCGGUCGGCCCGAGGGCCUGGCUGUGCAGAUAGAAGUCAUGGAGGAGGAAGAGGCUGAUAAAGAGGAAGACAUUUCAGCAGAGUAACCUGCUGCUGAUCUGAAUUCAGAUGUUUCUGAACCAGACAGGAAGCAUAGCAGAACUGAAAGCUCUACCUGAUCAUCCAGCCAAUCAGAGAUUGGUUUACAUGGUGACCUGACCUGUGACCUCCCCGGCUGGGCGUUGGUUCUACGCCAGCUGGGAGCUGAACCAGGAUCAGCCGCUAAAUUUACCUCAGAUUACCAGCAGAGCUGUUGCUGAGAGGACCGUCAGACCGCAGACAACAACAUGUCUCUUAGCAACGCCGCCGGACCCGGACCCGCCUGGAAGAAUCACAGCUUCAGCACAGGGGGAGGCAGGGACCCCCCUCUAUCUGACCAGGGAGAGACUAUCAUCGGGGUCUACCUCCUGCUGCUGGGGUGGAUGUCCUGGUUUGGGAACAGCAUCGUCCUCUUUGUCCUCCUCAGACAGAGAGCGUCUCUGCAGCCCACUGACUACCUGACCUUUAACCUCGCCAUCUCCGAUGCCAGCAUCUCCGUGUUUGGGUACUCCAGAGGCAUCAUUGAGAUCUUCAACGUCUUCCAGGACAGCAGCCACCUUGUCUCCUCUGUCUGGACCUGCCAGGUGGACGGGUUCUUCACGUUGGUGUUUGGUCUUAGCAGCAUCUACACCCUGACAGUGAUCAGCUUCACCCGCUACAUUAAAGGGUGCCACUCCAACAGAGGUCUGGGCCCAGCAGAACUCAUCUCGGUAGUUUCAGAACCCUGGCUGGAAGGUGCUUCUGACCCUGCAGCUCUGUCUUCUGUUUCAGCUCAUCGCAUCACCAGGAGCUCUGUUUUCGUCUCUUUGCUCUGCAUCUGGGUCACGGCUGGGUUCUGGUCUGCAGCGCCGCUGUUAGGCUGGGGCAGCUACACAGAUCGGGGGUACGGUACUUGUGAGAUCGACUGGUCCAAAGCCAGCUACUCUGCCGUCUACCGGUCUUACAUCAUCUCCAUCUUCGUCUUCUGCUUCUUCGUGCCGGUCCUCAUCAUGCUCUUCUGCUACGUGUCCAUCAUCAACACGGUGAAGAGGGGCAACGCCCUUUCUGCCAACGGAGACCUGACCGACCGGCAGAGGAAGAUCGAGAGAGAUGUCACCAUCGUAUCCAUAGUGAUCUGCACGGCCUUCAUCCUGGCCUGGUCUCCUUAUGCAGUGGUCUCCAUGUGGUCAGCCUGCGGUUUCCAUGUGCCCAACCUGACAAGCAUCUUCACUCGCCUCUUUGCCAAGUCCGCCAGCUUCUACAACCCCCUGAUCUACUUUGGCCUCAGCUCCAAGUUCCGUAAAGACGUGGCCAUCUUGCUUCCCUGCACCCAGAACGCCAAAGAUGCCGUCAGGCUGAAGCGCUUCAGACCAAAGGCAGAAGGUCACGGCCGCCGCGCUGCAGGAGGAGCCAGACUCAAAGGUCCCCUGAACCGCUCUGAAAAGAAGUACUCCCCGAUGAACCAGAUCCCUCAGGCUGCCACCCUGGGCAGUGGCAAGGAGACGCCGCCGCCUGGCACUGCACCAGCUGACGCCAAGGAAGUGUUUUUCAUCAACAUGGCCGCUGCGAACGAGGCCAGCUCUGAGUUUGAGUGUGUCAGACUCUGACCAAGCCACCUGAACUCUGUUGCUGCAACUCUGUCCGACCUUAACCAACCACAAUCCAGGAACAUUUCCAUCCUCUGAGAAGAACCAGGUGUCUUUGACCUUUAACCCCAUCUAGAGACACUCUUGUAAAAGUCCCAAAUAAAUUGAAGAGGUCAGGUAAAGAAUUAUCUCUAGAGUCUCAGAUUCAGGUUCUCUGACCUUUAGACUGAGUUUUAUUGAGAAGCUUUUGGUCUGGCUCUGAUCAUCAAAUGAUCCGAUUCCCUGCUGAAUGAAGUGACCAGACAUACUUAAAGGGCCAGUAUCGUGUAAAAUUUUACCUUUCCAGCAUGUUAGAAUCAAACCUGGAGUGUUCCCUUGAUUCGUUCAUGUUUGAUAAAUCCCUUCCCUCAGCUGUGCAAAACACCAAGGUGGACCUAGCUCCGCCUUCAAGGUGCAGCUCCUCCUCAGAGCUACGGCUCCUUCAGACUAGCCAGCAGCAAUUAGUAAACAUCUGCUGUGUUCAUUACAGGAGCUGCUGCUUAGAGCAAUGCUGGUAAAACAUUAAAUGUUGAGGAGAGAAAGAGCAGGAAUUGUUAAACAGACAGAGGCCCAAUUUCAAGGCACUAAAUUAUAAAAUCAAAUUUCUCUCAAGUCACUUGAGAUCAAUGCAACAUUUUUAUACCAACUGAAGGGAACAGCAACUGGAUUAGGCAACAAAUGGCACCAUGUGGCUGGAAAACAGAAUACAGGCCCUUUAAAUGUCUUUUCUGUCUGGUUAGAUCAGUUUCCCUCCUGUGAAGUUUGGGGUACCCCAAAGUUCCCUUUUGGGACACCACCCCUUCUUAUGUUUCCUCUGGGGUCCAUCCAUCCAUUUUCUGUUCACCUUUGU